AUGCUGCCAUCGUUUAUAUGUAGCACCAACGACAGCAUUCGCUCGUUCAUGCGGACGUGGACAUUCCGAUGCGCGUUUGUGACGAUCCUCUGUAAUACGUUUCUCUCGAUGGUCUUUUACGCCUGCAUGCCCCAGGUCUACGACCGGACGCCUGUUACCACCUUGUUCCUCUUCCUGUCACCCUUCCUCACAUCAUGCCUUUACUACUCUCGGAACAAUUCCCUGGGCACCCCACUCGUUCUGGUUUUCGGGUUUCUAUUCACACUCGAGCUUUUGCAUCUGGAGCCGAGAGUUGCCUACACAAGCCCCAAUAGUGAUGUCUUUACGCUGGCCUCGCGCUUCUCACCUGUGGACUUGACUUGGCUCGAAAGCACAGACGCUCUUGUAUAUGCACUUGUCACGGUUCUCUUCACUCUCUUUCUUCGCUCUAUAGUACACGCAAAGGGUACCCUGCGACUCACGUCUCCAUAUUACAUCGGCAUCUAUGCGGGUCUGCGCCACUCGAUCAAGGUCACCCUGAUCUUUAUUCUCAGUGCUGCCAUACGCUGGACAAUCCUCUUCUCGUGCGUCGCAUGGCUACUCAACCUUCUCGUACGGAAUGCGCCGUCCACCAUCGCCGUGAACUAUCAUAUGAUUUACUACCUGGUCCUUCCGUCCAUCGCAAUGAUAAGAUUUGUGGCAGUCUUUCACGGCGCACUUGUCUCACGACCAAUAGACAUCUUGGAGCGACCAGACAUGCUUCUGCCCGUGUCUGCAUCGCUCUCCAUUGGCUUUGGGGCGCAAACCUAUGACUUAUUAGCAAGACGCGUAGCUGAGAUUUUAGCUGCAGAGAGCGAUGUUAUGGAUGCAACCAAUAUCAAUGCAAUUGCAGUUCAGUUUGGAGAAAGCGGAGCCGAAGCCAGGAGACGUACAGAGCUCUUCAGUCGAUUAGGAGAAGCCAAGCCAGGCCAGAGUUCCGCAGAAAUGGCCAGGAAAAGGUUCUUCCACAAGCGCUCCUACGUACCAGACCGUUACAGAGAUCAAAUUCCUUGCUUUUACGUUGAGGAUGUGAGACUUAUGCACACCAUCCUUUCGUCCAUCUCACGGUCCCUUUACAUAGUGGAUUGGAACGGUUUCAGUGCAACAUUCAAUCGUGCCAACAGCCUUGCGCAGGAGGCACAGGUGCUAUCCUUGGAGGUGACCCAGGGAUGUUGCCACUACGGUGUUCCUCCAGCGUAUCUGAAAGACCUGCUGCCUCUGCACAUCUACUCUUACAACAACUCUUGUCCAGGAUGCCUGCUCUAUCUAUUUGACUUCCUGAUCCACUCCCUCUUGGCCACCGCUGCCCGCAUGGGCGUAGGGGACAUACGGUUCUACGGGGGGUGGUAUGGAUACGUCCUCGGGGACAAGGAGGCUAGGGAUGUGAAGCGUCUCAGUACUGCAAUCAUUAACGUUCAACGUAAGCUCUAUAACAUCACGGCCUCCGAGCCGAUAACGGACAUGCACAAGUUUUUCGUCGAUCUAGGAACUACAUAUGCUAAUGCUGCCGGUCCGGGAGACCGCUUUAGAGAAGACAUGGCCAAUAAUGACGAGUUGAUCGACGACAUGAUUGGGCUUGACUUCUUGAUAGGUCGCGACAACACCACGGGGUUGAUCCUGGACGACGCCGGGAUAGAUUUCAUGAUGCUCAAUGAUGGGGCUCUAGGAGACAUCCAACACUCAACACACCCUGCCCUCAAUGUGGGUCAGCGACAGACGGCUCAGUUCGAACACUACAGUGCCGCAGAACCGAAAGCAUCUGGCAUUCGACACCACAAAUUUGCGGUCCUAAUGGCCAUUCUGAUUGGAAAGCUUUCCAUAGAGGAGAUUAUCAAGCAUCCUGAAGUGAUUGAUAGCUACACACUGGGCGCUCUUCUUCGUAGAUUGUGGUCUUUAUUUUUCGACUCUCUCGGUUCGCUAACUAAUGAGAGAAACAAGGGAGGCGGCAAGGGCUUUUCUCUUCUGCGGCUAAAGUACGUAUUUCGUACAAUACGUGCUGUGCAAAGGCAACAAGCGUCCUUUGAUGCAGACGCGGAGAUCGCUAGCAUUGCAUGUGAUACAUUGCAAGACUAUUUAUCUCUAAUCGAAAAUACCUCCUUGUUCUUUGUAGCCAACGAGAUUGUUGCGGAGUCGUUGAAGGUGCUCUACUCUUCUCUUGUGAUGUACAGAAAGAAGGCACGGGUCUCUCGGGAAAACCUUGGUCACAGCAGACGGCUAAUGGCGAGUCUUCGGCUAUUGGCUGACCGCAUCGUUGUAACCCCAACGGUGGUAAAUUAA